AUGGCUCUUCAUCUCUCCCUCCUCCUCCUCCUCUUCUCCAGACUCUCAGUGAGUAAGGUGUCUGUGAAGACAGGAAACUCCAUCACCAUCCCAUGUCGCUAUAAUCUGAGAUACAUAGAAUAUGUCAAAUACUGGUGUCAAGGAGAUUACUGGAAUUCUUGUUCUGCUCUAGUACGCACAGACCAACCAAAGAUAUCUGGGACGGUAUCAAUCUCUGAUGAUGUCACCCGAAGAAUCUUCUCUGUUACCAUGACUGAUCUGCAGCCAGAGGACUCUGGGUAUUACUGGUGUGCUGUGGAGACUACAGGAAGAGAUCAACAUACAUACUUGCACCUGUCAGUUACCACAGGUACUCCAGGACUCUAUGUGGACCAACAGGAGGUGACUGGAGUUGAAGGAGGGAGUGUCACUGUCCGUUGUUACUAUAGUAACUCUGGAGAUAUAAAGUGGUGCAGGAUGGGUGGUGAUUGUGUGUUGUAUUCUGGGACUUUACAUGGAACAUCAGUGACAUUAAAGCGGACUAGUGAUGCCAACAACAGAAAAGUCUUAACAGUGACUAUGAGUGGACUGAAGAUGGAGAACACUGACUGGUAUUGGUGUGAAGUGGGAGAACUAGAGAUGCCUGUUCACAUCACUGUCAGUCAACAAACUGCAACACAGAGAACCAUUAAGAUGACCUCAACAAUCCAAGCUCCAACCAAUCAACAACCCUCUGCCUCUCCAACUGCUGAGCUUGUUCAGACUGACAACACAAGUCAAGGAGCUGAGGGGAACAUGGAGGACGUCCACCAGAGGUCCAUAGAUGUGAAAGUCCUACUGAUUCCUUGGGGCAUGUUGGUGGUGGUGACAGCUGGUAUCCUAGUCACAUGGAAGAUGUGGACAAAGCAUAAGGACAAUAAGGCCAAGGACCAGACAACUAACAACUCAGUGGCCCCAUUUCCUGAAGAUGAUGAUGAUGUCACAUACAGCACUGUCAUCCCCCAGCACAAGGCCCAACUAAAGGUACAGGCCAAGGCAGCAGAACCAGAUGAUAAUGUGGUCUACAGCUCACUAGCUCUACAGGUGACCACACAGCAGAGGGCAACAGCAGAACAGCAGUGACUGACUGAGUGACCUUGGUGGAGUCCUUAUCCUGGAAGGACAGCCCACUCUCCGCUCCUGUGU